UCUUCUGAUCUCGUCAUAUAUAAAGUUCAUCUCGUACGCAACUCUCACCGCCGCAGCUCCCCCCUCGAAAAACCCUAGCUUCUGCAAAUCUCGCCGCCAUGACUUUUAAGCGCAGGAAUGGAGGGAGGAACAAGCACGGACGUGGACACGUCAACUUCAUUCGAUGCUCAAACUGCGGGAAAUGCUGCCCCAAGGACAAGGCUAUCAAGAGGUUCCUUGUGAGGAACAUUGUGGAGCAGGCUGCUGUGAGGGAUGUGCAGGAGGCCUGUGUCUAUGAUGGAUACACUCUUCCCAAGCUGUAUGCUAAGAUGCAAUACUGCGUCUCUUGUGCCAUCCACUCCCAUGUGGUGAGGGUGAGGUCCCGCACUAACAGGAGAAACCGUGAGCCUCCUCAGCGCUUCAGACGCAGGGAUGACGCAGCAAAGCCUGGUCAAGCUCCCCGACCCGCUGGAGCUCCUGUCCCAGCUCGCCCAUGAUGUUUGUUAUUGUUACUGGAUUCCUAGUACUCAGAUAACCCCUUUAGUUUGGAGAUAAUUUUGCUUGAGACACAGACUGCUGGGUUGCUACAAGAAUGUUUUGUUUUUACCCGUUGCCUUAGGUUUUAUGUACUUCAGAUUUUGCAUGUGGUAGCUCUUCACUCUCCAUUGAGUUACUUUGUAUUCAGUGUAUUUGGGAUUUCAUCAGUAUGUCACUAUUGCUUUAUCAUAUUUUGUUUUCUGGAUAAAAUUCUAAUUUAGUCAGUAUUUACAAAUGC